AUGAUGCUGAAAGUUGUCCUAUUGCUGACUGCUCUGGCACUGGUCUGCUGCCAGCUCGAGCAGAGUAUCCUCACGCAGUUCUACUACCCGCGGAUAGCGUACCACAACCAGAGGAGCCACAAUCAACCAUCACGCACCAUCACUGCACAACUUAAUGCCAACGAAGAUGCAGAGUCCCUCAAGGUGCUGUCAGCGGUAACGCGUUCCAGACGUAGCGUAGCUUAG